UAGAAGGCUAUAACCUUAAACCCUAAAGUUUCAUCAUUUUCUAUCGCAGCAGCUGAACAAUGAAGAAGCGGCACUGCAGAUUCAUGGCUUCGAGCUUGAACCAUCAACCAAGUUUAAAGAAGAUAGCAAACACAGGGAAUGGAAAAGAUAGGAUCAGCAGCUUACCAAAUUCAGUUCUCGCCCACAUUCUCUCUUUCCUUCCAACAAAAUAUGCAGUUGCGACCAGCACUCUGUCACCAAGAUGGAAAUGCAUAUGGACUUCUGUGCCCAAUCUAGAAUUCAAUGAGAAGACACUGUUAGUUGAGCAUCCUUGGUCUGGCAUGCAUAAGCCUAAAGAUCAUCAUCGCCAUGUUAGCUUCAUGAAUUUCAUUGAAAGAGUACUUCUCUUACAUGAUUUGUCAAGUAUUCAACGAUUCUAUCUAAGUUGUGAUCCAGAUAUUGAUAAAUCUCGUUUGAAUGCAUGGAUAAGUGCUGCUGUAAAGCGUGAUGUCCGUGAAAUUGAUAUCAAUGUUUGCGGAUCAAUAAUUCUUAGGUUAGCAGCCUCUUUAUUUGCGAAACGCUUGUAGUCUUAAAGCUAGGAUCUCAAGUUCAUUUUGAUGCUCCUGCCUCAAUCUCUUUUCCUUGUCUCAAGAUCUUUCAUGUUUCACUUAUUUAUCCAAGUAAUGACCUGACCCAGAAGCUCUUUUCUU